AUGCAGUGCUAUACCGAAGUGAUCGCACCGACUGCGGUAACGCAUGCUGUCGCUUUAUCCUUCAUCGGACCUCAAGCGGACAAUCUGGUUGUCGCAAAGACUUCGCUACUGCAGGUCUUCGAGGUCAAGCGGAUAAGCCAAGCGAAGGACAACGGACACCACGACCAUGCAGACGCUCAGUCCAGACUCUCCCUCAUUGGAGAGUACACCCUCUCCGGUACGGUAACAGCACUCUCGCCAAUCACCCUUCCAUCUUCCCGUACCGGCGGCGCCGCCCUCGUUUGCGCCUUCAAAGAUGCCAAGCUGAGUCUGAUAGAAUGGGAUCCGGAGCACUACCGGAUUAGUACCAUUAGCAUCCACUACUAUGAGGGAGACAAUGUGCUUCUCCCGCCGUUUGGCGCGGCUUUGUCGGAGUGCGAGAGCAUCCUGACAGUCGAUCCAGGCUCCAGAUGCGCCGCAUUGAAGUUUGGGGAGCGACAGCUUGCUAUUCUGCCCUUCAGACAGCAGGGUGAUGAACUGGCCGACGAAGCCGCAGAAGAUGCGGAUAUGGCGGAGGCAGAGUCAGAGGAGCAACCGGGGAAUGUGACCUUGAAGCGGACCUCUACAACACAGGCGCUGGACUCCAAGGACGAUAUCACGCCUUACAAGUCUUCUUUCGUCUUGCCGCUGAUCACACUCGAUCCGUCGUUGACGCAUCCGGUCCACUUGGCUUUCUUGCACGAGUACCGCGAACCGACAUUUGGCAUCCUCUCCGCCCCCCAACAACCGUCUCUCGCUCUCCUUGACGAGCGGAAGGAUUGUCUGAGCUACACGGUCUUCACUCUCGACCUCGAACAGCGCGCCUCAACCAAUCUAAUGUCCGUCUCGAAGCUGCCUUCUGAUCUGUGGAAAGUCAUAGCUUUGCCGCCUCCUGUUGGCGGUGCAUUACUCGUCGGCACAAAUGAGCUUAUCCACAUCGAUCAAAGUGGUAAGACGACUGCAGUGGCCGUCAACGAAUUCGCAAAAGUUGCGAGCAAUUUCAGCAUGGCUGACCAUUCCGACCUCAACAUGAAGCUGGAAGGCUGUGAGAUUGAGAUGCUCGACUCAAGCACUGGGAAUGCGCUUAUUGUGCUUAAUGAUGGGUCAUUCGCCACGCUCAGCUUUAAGAUGCUCGGUCGCACUGUGGGCGGCCUCACCGUCUCCCGGGUUGCAGAUACGAACGGUGGCAACGUGAAUGCUAGUGCGCCUUCUUGCGUGGCCAGUAUGCAGCAGCAGAAACUGUUCGUGGGCAGUGAAGACGGAAGCUCGUCGCUUGUGAGAUGGGCCAAGGACACGCCGACACUGAGCAGGAAGCGGUCGCAUGCGCAAAUGCUCGGUCAAGACGCACCAAUGGACGAUGCUGAUGACGCUGAAGAGCUAGACGAAGACGAUCUCUACGCGCCUUCGGCUGUGGCGGUGAAACGUGCGGCAUCUGUCGCUAACGCCGCGGCUGUAGAUGCUUCGACGACGUAUACAUUCGAGCUCGAGGAUUCACUGAACUCUUUAGCUCCGAUGAACAACGUCUGUCUUGGCAGGUCUCCUCGUACGGGCAAGGAGAAGCUUGAGCUGGUAGCCGGCAUAGGCAGAGGCAAAGCCAGCAGCCUGGCCUUCAUGAACAGAGAGAUCAUCCCGAAUGAAAUUCGCUCGCGUGAUGUAGCUGGUGCGAAGGACAUUUGGAGCGUCUGUGCCAGGUCACGCGAGGGCGACAAAGUGUCUUCUGCGGAUACUUACGACAACCUACUUUUUGUGUUCGACGGUGAAAGCACGAAAACGUACAAGUACGCCGACUCGGCCGAGGGCUCGAUUAUUGAGCUCGAUGAGACGGACUUCGAAGGCGAUGGCGAAACAGUCUGUGUCGGCACGCUUGCCAAUGGCAGCUGCAUCGUGCAAUGUCGUCGCACGGAGAUCCGAACGUAUGAUCACCAGCUCGGACUCAGCCAGAUCAUUCCUAUGAGCGAUGAUGAGACGGAUGCCGAGCUCAAGAUCGUCGCCACUUCCUUCUGUGAUCCGUACUUGCUUGUAAUCCAGGAUGACAGCAGCGUGCAGAUACUGCAGGUAGACAAGCAGGGUGAUGUCGAGCCCUUGGACGCAGCUGAAAGUGAUCUGCGGGAAGGGAAGUGGCUCACUGGAAGCCUUUACGCUGGCGAGCUCAGCGACGGACAGUCGGCAGCGUUCUUACUCGGACAGGAGGGCGGACUGCAGGUCUUCAGCUUACCAGAGACAAAGCUUGUAUAUUCGGCGCCAACGCUACCGUUCUUGCCGCCGGUGCUGUCAGCAGACGCUCCGCAGCGGCGAGGCGGUAAGGUCACACUGACGGAAGUAUUGGUCGUCGACCUCGGAGCGGAGGGUGUGACGCGACCAUAUCUGAUCGUCCGCACUGCGAUGGAUGAUCUGAUCCUCUACGAACCUUUCCACUACAGCGCUACGACGUUGGACGCGCGAGCCACUGGCUUCACGGAUCUGCGCUUUCGGAAGGUACCAUUUACAUACCUGCCGAAGUACGACGAGGGUCUGGACACUGCCGAUGGCCGACCAGCGCAAUUACAACCGGCUGUGAUCGGUGGCAGGAACGCGCUGUAUCUCCCGGGCGGUACACCCAGCUUCCUCGUGAAAGAAGCGACCAGUCUGCCGAAAGUCCUUGGCCUAAGGGCAAGAGGAGUGAGAUCUUUCUCGCCGCUCCACCGAGCGGGUUGCCAGCAGGGCUUCGCGCUCGUAGAUGGAGAUGGCAAGCUCAAGGAGUACCAGCUCCCUGGCCAUGUCUCCUUCGCAACGGGCUGGAGCGUGCGCACGCUAACACUUGGUGAACCGCCGCAGGAAGUACGACAGGUGGCCUACCAUGAGCAGAGAGGUAUCUAUGUUGUUGCGACCUGCAGAGAUGUGGAUUUCACGCUCCAUGAUCUCGACGAGCGGCAACGCGAUGACGAACCGAACCUCAAACCGCAAGUGCCACAGUACACUCUCCACCUCCUCUCCGCUACGUCUCAUAAAGUGAUCCAAUCGUUAGAGAUGCCGUAUGCAGAAAUCGUAACCUCCCUUAAGAUAAUGCCACUGGAGGUCUCAGAACACACCCACGAGCAGAAACUCAUGCUCGUCGUCGGCGCCGCUGCGCAACGCGGCGAAGACGCCCCCGCCAAGGGCCUCCUCACCGUCUUCGACAUCAUCGACGUCGUACCUGAGCCGGACGAUCCCGAAAGCGGCAUCAGGCUGCACAUUGCUGCGCGAGAGGAGACGAAAGGUGCCAUUACCGCGUUGGAGUCCUUUUCAGGCGGCCUUGUGGGCACGGCGCAAGGGCAGAAGAUCAUGGUGCGUGGUCUGAAAGAGGACGGGACGUGCUUGCCUGUUGCCUUUCUGGACGCGCAGACAUAUAUGGUCAGUCUCAAGACCAUGGGACGGUCAGGACUGUCGUUGGCGGGCGAUGCGUGGAAAGGGCUGUGGUUCGGUGGGUGGACCGAGGAGCCGUAUCGGUUGACGUUGCUUGGCAAGAGUCGGACGAAGAUGGAGGUGGUGAGCGCGGAGUUUCUGCCGUUCGACGGACAGUUGUACCUUCUUGUUGUGGACGGGAAGAUGGAUUUGCACGUGCUGCAGUAUGAUCCGGAGAACCCGAAGACGGUGUCCGGGCAGCGACUUUUGCACAAGAGUACUUUCCAUCUCGGACACUGGCCCGUGGAUAUGCUGUUGCUACCUUCGGAUUUGGCACCGUUCGCUCAGCAGGCACCGCUCACGAACGGCGACAGCAACGGUCACACCAACGGCACGGAAAGCUCUGCCGCGAACGCGCCCGCGCCCGCGCCCUCGCUCUUCCACGUCCUCACCACCUUCCAAUCCGGCGCAGUAGGCCUCAUCACCCCCGUGGACGAAGCGACGUAUCGCCGCCUCGGCGCGUUACAAACACAACUCACCUCCGUCCUCGAGCACGCGGCCGGCCUCAACCCGCGAGCCUACCGGGCGGUAGAGUCCGAGAGUUUGGGCGGCCGAGGGGUAGUGGAUGGCAUGUUGGUGCAGCGGAUUGGUGAGCUGGGGGCGGCGAGGAGGGCGGAGGUGCUGGGAAGAGCCGGGGCGGAUGCUUGGGGGUUGCGGAGUGAUCUUGAGAUUAUAUUGGGUAGGGGUUUGGGAGCCCCACUUUCGAGGGAGGCACGCUCCGUCACUCAGACAUACGACCCUACUCCCAUUCCUUAUGCUCGUUUCUGCCCCGGAAGACCUGAGGUGUUGGCUGUCCGUCUUAAGUUAUCGAAGCGGGUGAUGUUACUCCGUGGAUCUUCCAACAACACCGGUUCGAAAGGGUUGUGCCUGGAAUAG